AUGGACUCCGACAUCAUGGACGACGAUGUCUUUAGCCCAGACAACGACUCCGACGGCUACGUCCCAGAGCCAAAGAAAACAAAGCCCGCCGUCUCCAAGGCAAAGAAACUCACACAAACAACGCUCAAGGCAAAGGCGCCAGCUAAGAAGCGAAAAGUCAUCAGCGACGAUGAAGGCAAUGGCGACGACUCAACCGGCUUCUCAAACACCCCUCCGAGCUCGAAGAAGACGAAAAAGGCACCCGCAGCCAAGAAAUCGGGGGGCGUACCCCUUGCAGAGGUCGAGAAUGACAGCAUAGUCUUGGACUCGACUCCAAAACCUACGGGCAAAAAGAAGACGGCCACUGAGACCUAUCAAAAGCUCACGCAGCUUGAGCACAUCAUCAAGCGUCCCGAUACAUACAUUGGAUCAGUCGAAUCGACCGAGCAGCAGAUGUGGGUGCUCAACAAGGAGACGCAGCUCAUGGAGUACAAGACUAUCAGCUUCGUUCCUGGCUUUUUCAAAAUCUUUGACGAAAUCAUGGUCAAUGCGGCUGAUGUCAAGCAGCGUAAUGAUUCCAUGACAUAUAUCAAAGUGAGCAUUGACCGCAAGACGGGCCAAAUAUCUGUUGAAAACAACGGAAAAGGUAUUCCUGUGGAGAUGCACGAGAAGGAAAAGAUUUACAUCCCCGAACUCAUCUUCGGCCACCUUCUUGCCGGUUCCAACUUUGACGACGAGGAGAAGAAAACCGUCGGUGGUCGCAACGGUUACGGUGCCAAGCUCUGUAACGUUUUCAGCACAGAGUUCACGCUGGAAUGCCAGGACUCUGGUAACGGCAAAAGAUACAAGCAAACGUGGACGGACAACAUGUCUAAGAUGGGCAAGGCUAAGAUCACAUCCAACAAGACAUCCGACUUUGUUCGCAUCACUUUCAUGCCCGACUACAAGCGCUUUGGAAUGCCCGAUGGCAUAGAUGACGACCUAGAGGGUCUACUCUACCGCCGAGUUUACGACAUGGCCGGCACCAUUCGCCGCAUCAAAGUUCACCUGAACGGAGAAGUUCUCAAGAUCCCCACCUUCAAAGCGUACUGUGAUAUGUACGCAAAGUCUAUCGCCAAGGAGCGAACCGCUGAGGAGGGCGGCACCCCUACUUGCACCGUUGAAAUUGACAAGGAGAAGACACACCCGCGAUGGGAAGUGGGCUUCGCAGUUUCCGACGGCACCUUUCAGCAAGUUUCUUUCGUCAAUAACAUCGCGACGACAAGCGGCGGAACGCAUGUCAACUAUAUCGCGGACCAGAUCACUGCCAGUCUCUUGAAGACGCUGAACAAACGCAAGAAGGGCCACAGUCUGAAGCAGAGUCAUUUGCGGAACCACAUCUUCAUCUUCAUCAACUGUUUUAUUGACAACCCGGCAUUCACGUCACAAACUAAGGAACAAAUGACUACCAAAGCUAGUCUCUUUGGUAGCAAAUGCGUUCUUGGCGAUCAGUUUUUGAAGAAGAUUGCUUCAUCCGAGGCCAUCCAAAACAUCAUUGAAGAUGCGGAGAAGAAGGCAGACAAGUUGAUGGCCAAAAGCGAUGGUAGCAAGCGCUCACGUGUGAGCAACACCAAGCUCGUCGAAGCCAACUUGGCCGGUUCGCGUCGUGGUCAUGAAUGCACUCUGAUCUUAACAGAAGGUGAUUCCGCCAAGGGUCUAGCAGUGUCUGGCAGAGCGAUUCUCGAUCCCGAUCGCAUUGGUGUAUUCCCUCUACGAGGCAAGCUUCUCAAUGUUCGAGAUGCAUCCAUUGACCAAAUCACGAAGAAUCAAGAGAUCCAAAACAUCAAGCAGUUUCUUGGCCUCAAGCAUAAACAGACCUACACCGAUACCAAGUCUCUCCGUUACGGCCACCUGAUGAUCAUGGCCGAUCAGGAUCAUGACGGUAGCCAUAUCAAGGGUCUUUUGAUCAACUUCUUGCAAGUUCAGUUCCCAUCUCUGCUGCAAAUUCCUGAUUUCUUCCGUGAGUUCGUAACACCAAUCAUGAAGGUCUGGCAAGGAUCCGACCCCAAGAAGCCGACAAAGUUGCGCUCCUUCUUCACCCAGCCUGAGUUCAACGAAUGGAAGGAAGAUCACAAACACGAACUGGGCAGAUGGCAAUCAAAGUACCUGAAGGGUUUGGGUUCCUCAUCAAACGAGGAUGCUCAGGUCUAUUUCAGCAAUCUGGACCAGCAUCUCAAGGAGUUUGAAGUCAUGAAGCCCGAGGAAGCCAACCUUUUCGACCUCGCCUUUUCCAAGAAGAAGGCAGACGCGCGAAAGGAGUGGCUCGGAAAUUUUGUUCCCGGCACUUUCCUCGACCACGGCACCAAGGCCAUCACAUACACCGAUUUUGUCAACAAGGAGUUGAUCUUGUUCAGCAUGGCUGACAACAUGCGAUCCAUCCCCUCGAUUGCAGAUGGCCUGAAGCCCGGUCAGCGCAAGGUUCUGUACUCUUGCUUCAAGAAAAAUUUGAUCAAGGACAAGAAGGUCGUUGAACUGGCCGGUUAUGUCUCCGAAAAGUCUGCCUAUCAUCAUGGUGAACAAUCGCUUCAGCAAACCAUCAUCGGCAUGGCUCAAACCUUUGUUGGCUCUAAUAACAUCAAUCUCCUAGAGCCCAGUGGCAACUUCGGUUCCCGUCUUGCUGGCGGUUCCGACGCUGCCAGCCCUCGUUACAUUUCCACGCGCUUGACUCCCUUUGCGAGAAAAAUCUACGUUGCUGCUGAUGAGCCCAACUUGAAGCACCAGUACGAUGAUGGGAAUCUUAUUGAGCCUGAGGUCUAUGCCCCGAUCAUCCCCAUGAUCCUUGUGAAUGGUGCCGACGGUAUCGGUACUGGUUGGAGUACUUCAAUUCCAAACUAUCAUCCGACUGAUAUUAUAAAGAAUCUGAAGCGACGCAUGGGUCGUCUUGAUCUGAAGGAGGAUGAAGGGCAGCCUUUUGAGCCCAUGAUGCCCUGGUUCCGCGGGUGGAAGGGCACCCCCGAGGCUGCUGGUCCGGACCGUUACAAAUUCAACGGCAUCGCAUACCAGAACGACCAGAAUCCGAAUGAAAUCGUUGUCACUGAGCUACCCAUCCGAGUGUGGACCGAUGAUUUCAAGACAAAAUUAGAAAAGGUGGUCAGUGGCCAAGAAGGGCCUGCCUGGAUCAAGGACUACAAGGAAUAUAACGACCACAACAUAGUGCACUUUGAGAUCAUGAUUGACGAGAAGUACACGAGCAAGGUGCUUGAAGAGGGCCUCUUGGAGCGCUUCAAGCUCCAGAAGCAGGUUGCUACAUCUAAUCUGGUAGCCUUUGAUGUACACGGUCGCAUUCGCAAGUACGAAAAGGUGGAAGACAUCAUGGAGGACUUCUACCAGUACCGAAUGGACUUGUACUUCGAGCGAAAGAAGUACUGGCUCAAUUUCUUACACCGCGAUUACCGCAAGCUCAAAAACCAAGCUCGCUUUGUUCAGGAAAUCAUCAGUGGUGUGCUAGUCGUUAGCAAAAAGAGGAAGCAGGUUCUGGUCGCGGAGCUGCGCGACCGCAAAUAUGAAGCUUUUCCGCCUGCGAAGGCCAGCCCCAAGGAAGAUGAAGAAGCGCUGGGUCAAGAUUCUGACGGUGAGGACGAGUCUUCGGAGGCAAAGGAGUCCGGUGCACGAGACUAUGAUUACCUAUUGUCCAUGGCGAUUUGGUCCUUGACUGCCGAGCGCUUGGAAAAGCUCCUCGCGGCUGUCGCCAAGAAGAAGGGCGAGCAUGAUGAACUUCAGGCCAAGAGCGAAAAGGAUCUUUGGUGCGAAGACCUUGAUGCAUUCGUGGCUGAAUGGGAUAAGCAGGUCGCUCUUGAUGCCGAGAUCCAGACCAAGAUUCGUCGCCUAGGCCGCCGCGCUUCGAAGAAGAUAGGUGCUGGCAAGAACCGCAAGGCCAAGGACGAUGAUGAGUACGAGCCUGAGAAGAAGAGCCGAGCCAAGGGCAAGGCUGCGGCAACAAAGCCUGCUGCGGCUAAGCCAAAGGUGGAAAGCAAGAGUGCUCAGCGCUUUGCUGAUAUGUUCAGUUCUAAGCCUCGAGUCAAGAAGGAGAGCAAUGCGGACGUUGUGGAACUAUCUGACAACUUUUCCGACGAUGACUUUGCUGCCCUCAGCAGAAAGCCGGCUGCUCCAAAGCGUCCUUUGGCGGCCGUGUCAGCCACCGCAUCGACGUCUCAAUCGCCAUCGGAAGAACCAGAGGCUCGUCCUAGGAAGCGAGCGGCAGCUUCCAAGGCUAGAACUCUGUUUGAUGACUCUGAAUCUGAGAAGGAAGACGACGAUAUGGUCGACGUCAGUUCCCUAGUAAAGGGCAUCAGAGCAACAACGAAGAAACCGAGCGCGUCACCCGCCCCAGUAACCAAGUCGGUCUCUGCACGAUCCUUCCAGAUUGACGAUGACGACGAUGAUGUUAUUGCUUCAUCCCCGGCGGCUCCAACAGUGAGCAAAGACGACAUCAUUGACAGCCUUUUAUCUGAUGGCGACAAACCCCAAAAUCCGGUUUUAGCGAUCAAGAAGGUCGCUCGCCCCAAACCCGCUGUUACUAAGACGAAGCCAAAAGCUGCGGUCAAGCCCAAAGCUGCGGCAAGCAAGGCGUCCACCCUAUCACCGGCCGCAAAAAUGUACGCGGCACGAAAGGCCUCGGCGCUGGCAGACGAUUCAGAUGAGGACAUGGCUGUGCCUGGGUCGCCAAGCCCGAAGCGGGCGCCAGUACGCGCUCGUCCGGGUCGUGCGGCUGCGGCCAGAAGGCAAGUCAUUGUGGAUGAGGAUGACUCGUUGAUGGCGGAGGAUCAGGAUGAAAGCGAUGACCCUUUUGAGAUGGACGACGACGAUGACUAG